GUCGCUGAGUUGUAUCCCACUCUCACUCUCUCUCUCUCUCUCUCUCUCUCUCUCCCAAAUCUCUCUCUGCUUCUUCUUCUACUGCCCGUCUCUCUCCUUCAGAGAGGAAAAUGGCGAACCUGCGGAUUGGUGGAAGAGCUGCUAAUGGAGAUCCUCUUCUUCAGACCUUUCUCAGAAGAAUCUCCUCCUUCAGAGUCCUCGUCUCCGCCUUAUCCCUUGCAUUCUUCAUCUUUCUCUCUUUCUCCUUCUUCUCCACCCACUCUUCCGAUCUCGCGCCUCCUGUUGGUUACGAUUCUGUUCCUUAUCGGAUCCAUUCGAGAACGAGGCUUCCAUUAGCUGUGAAAUCGGACCCUCUCAAACCGCGGCUGGAUCAGAUCCGGAAGCAGGCCGAUGACCAUCGGGCUUUGCUUCACGCCUAUGCCUCUUAUGCUCGAAGGCUUAAACUGGAGUACGCGAAGCUUGUUAGGGUGUUUGCAGAUCUUUCUCAGAACUAUACGGAUCUCAAUAAUAAACCUACUUAUCGUAGUCUCUUUGAGCCUGAAACGGCUUCCGUCGAUGAGGCUUUGGUUCGUCAGUUUGAGAAAGAGGUAAAAGAGCGUAUUAAAGUUACGAGACAAGUGAUUGCUGAAGCAAAAGAAUCAUUUGACAACCAACUCAAGAUCCAGAAGUUGAAGGACACGAUUUUUGCAGUGAAUGAGCUGUUGACAAAAGCCAAGAAACAAGGAGCUUUUUCGAGUUUAAUCGCUGCAAAGUCUCUUCCAAAAAGCUUGCACUGCAUUUCAAUGAGGUUGAUGGAGGAGAGAAUUGCACAUCCAGAUAAAUAUUCAGACGUAGGAAAACCAGUACCACCAGAAAUAGAGGAUCCAAACCUUUACCAUUAUGCAAUAUUCUCAGACAAUGUAGUUGCUGCAUCGGUGGUCGUUAAUUCAGCUGUUAAGAAUGCUCAAGAACCAAGCAAGCAUGUUUUUCAUGUUGUUACUGACAAGAUGAAUCUUGGGGCAAUGCAAGUUAUGUUCAAACUGAAGGACUAUAAUGGAGCUCACGUUGAAGUCAAGGCAGUGGAGGAUUAUAAGUUCUUGAAUUCUUCCUAUGUUCCAGUGCUUCGUCAGUUAGAGUCUGCAAAUUUACAGAGGUUUUACUUUGAGAAUAGUGUUGAAAAUGCAACGAAGGAUACAACAAAUAUGAAGUUCAGAAAUCCCAAAUAUCUAUCAAUCUUGAACCAUUUGCGGUUUUACUUACCUGAGAUGUACCCAAAACUGCACAGAAUUCUGUUUUUGGAUGAUGACAUAGUAGUCCAGAAGGACUUGACUGGGUUGUGGAAGAUCGAUAUGGAUGGAAAAGUAAUCGGCGCGGUGGAGACGUGUUUUGGCUCGUUCCAUAGAUAUGCACAGUACAUGAACUUUUCACAUCCAUUAAUCAAGGAGAAGUUUGACCCCAAGGCAUGUGCAUGGGCUUAUGGAAUGAACUUCUUCGAUUUGGAUGCUUGGAGAAGGGAAAAAUGCACAGAAGAAUAUCACUACUGGCAGAAUAUGAACGAAAAUCGGACCUUGUGGAAACUAGGGACAUUGCCUCCUGGUUUAAUCACCUAUUACUCCACAACAAAGCCACUGGACAAGACAUGGCACGUCCUCGGCCUCGGCUACAAUCCCAGCAUCAGCAAAAGCGAGAUUGAAAAUGCUGCAGUUGUGCACUUCAAUGGGAACAUGAAGCCAUGGCUGGACAUUGCCAUCACCCAAUUUCGGCCAUAUUGGACCAAGUAUGUAGAUUAUGAUUUAGAGUUUGUCCAAGCCUGCAAUCUUGGCCUUUAAAUUGUCUGAUUAUGCCUGCCUGUUCAUCCAUAGAGUGUUAUAGGAGGAGAGAUCUUGGCUCUGCUUGUCCAAAGGAAAGCAUUAACCAUUUGUAGCGCCCUAUAAAAACCAUCAUUUUGACUCCCUUCUAUUUGUUAAAUAGGGAUAUUUGAGUUUCAAAGUAAUUAUAUAAUUUUUUUUUUAGCAUGA